GCAAAUUGUGAGGACUUGGGAACGGGUUUUCGCCUUCCCACCCAGUUCUCUGAGGUUGAGGGUUUGUCCUGCUCAGGGUUAACUUCCUCAGUGCUUAGUCUGAGAAAAAAAUGGCGAAUACGGAAAGUGAUUCUACACAUCUGCUCAUCUCUGAGGUAGAUCUUGAAAUUAAUCCUGGACCUAUGAAUAUCCAAUUUGAUUCAUCAGAUCUAAGAUCCAAAAGGCCUUUCUAUAUAGAGCCCACAAACAUCGUCACAGUGAAUGAUGUCAUUCAGAGGGUUAGUGACCAUGCUUCUGCCAUGAACAAGAGGAUUCAUUACUACAACCGGCUCACCACUCCUGCAGACAAAGCACUGAUUGCCCCAGACCAUGUAGUUCCAGCUCCAGAAGAGUACUAUGUGUAUAGUCCAUUGGGUUCUGCUUAUAAACUUCAGAGUUACACUGAAGGAUGUGGUAAAAAUACCAGUUUAGUAACUAUUUUUAUGAUUUGGAAUACCAUGAUGGGAACAUCUAUACUAAGUAUUCCUUGGGGCAUAAAACAGGCUGGAUUUACUACUGGAAUGUGUGUCAUCAUGGUGAUGGGCCUUUUGACACUUUAUUGCUGCUACAGAGUAGUGAAAUCACGGACAAUGAUAUCUUCGUUGGAUACCACUGCAUGGGAAUUCCCAGAUGUCUGCAGAUAUUAUUUUGGCGCCUUUGGGCAGUGGUCUAGUCUCCUUUUCUCCUUGGUGUCUCUCAUUGGAGCAAUGAUAGUUUAUUGGGUGCUCAUGUCUAAUUUUCUUUUUAAUACUGGAAAGUUUAUUUUUAAUUUUAUUCAUCACGUUAAUGACACAGACACUGUAUUGAGUACCAAUAAUAGCAACCCUGUGAUUUGUCCAAGUGCUGGGAGUGAUGACCAUCCUGACAAUGGAUCUAUGAUUUUCUACACCAAUGACACGGGACACCAACAGUUUGAAAAGUGGUGGAAUAAGUCCAGGACAGUGCCCUUUUACCUUACAGGGCUCCUCCUGCCACUGCUCAAUUUCAAAUCUCCUUCGUUUUUUUCAAAAUUUAAUAUUCUAGGAACAUUAUCUGUUCUCUAUUUGAUUUUCCUUGUCACCUUUAAGGCUGUUCGCUUGGGAUUUCAUUUGGAAUUUCAUUGGUUUACACCAACAGAAUUUUUUGUACCAGAGAUAAGAUAUCAGUUUCCACAGCUGACUGGAGUGCUUACCCUUGCUUUCUUUAUUCAUAAUUGUAUUAUCACACUCUUGAAGAACAACAGGAACCAAGAAAACAAUGUGAGGGACCUGUGCAUUGCUUAUAUGUUGGUAACAUUAACUUAUCUCUAUAUUGGAAUCCUGGUUUUUGCUUCAUUUCCUUCACCACCAUUAUCCAAAGAUUGUAUUGAGCAGAAUUUUUUAGACAAUUUCCCUAGCAGUGAUACCCUGUCCUUCAUUGCAAGGAUAUUCCUGCUGUUCCAGAUGAUGACUGUAUACCCGCUCUUAGGCUACUUGGCUCGUGUCCAGCUAUUGGGCCAGGUCUUCGGUGACAUUUAUCCUAGCAUUUUCCACGUGCUGAUUCUUAAUCUAUUUAUUGUGGGAGCUGGAGUGACCAUGGCCUGUUUCUACCCAAACAUAGGAGGGAUCAUAAGAUAUUCAGGAGCAGCAUGCGGGCUGGCCUUUGUAUUCAUAUAUCCAUCUCUCAUCUAUAUAAUUUCUCUGCACCAAGAAGAGCGUCUGACAUGGCCUAAACUAAUCUUUCACAUCAUCAUCAUCAUUUUGGGCCUGGCUAACCUGAUUGUCCAGUUUUUUAUGUGAAUUACUUAACUGUUUUCUCAAGAUCUUUCAUGGUAUUUUGAGCCUUGACAACAGUUCUGCAUAAAUUCACUUGUAAGUGCUGUUGUUGAAGUAAUUCUAACGUUUUUCUAAGGUAAUCUGAGAGCAAGGGAAAUAGUGGUCCAUUAAUAACUAUUUUUUUAUUAGAGUGGAGAAGGGGACAGUAAGAAUGAUCUUAGUCUCUUUACCUUGCUCGUGUUCACUCACCUCUUCAUUCUCAUUGUCUUUUCUAAGUAGAAAUGUAUGCCCUAGGAAAAAUCCUGCUGGGUUUUACUUUUAGAGAUAUAACGUGGGUGGAUUUACUUUGUCUAAAAUAUUCUCAGGGUGUCACAGCAGCAUAUGGCCAGAUCCUGUUUCUGUUUUAUAUUUCAUUGUAUUCACUUUCAUUUUCUUACCCGCUAGACCAUUUCUGCAGUUUACCCAAACUUCUUCUGUUUGGGACAUUAAACCAAAUACCUCAUUUUUAAAAAGGUGUUUCCGUGGUGUCACUGUUAAUAGAGUGAGUUAUUAACUGAGUCUUUAAUCUCUAUUUGAAGAAAAUAUGGGGGAAAAAAAAAAAACAGUGACAGUGUAGGCUCCACGGUCAUGAAAAUUAUGCAAUAAUGAACAGAAUAGGAGAGUUUGUUGCUGUCUGACUCCUCUUUUAUUUCUAAUUCAAUGCCAGUUAACUUAUGUCAAAAUUACAGUUUCCCAAGCCAGAUUUUGCAUAGAAACAAGAAUGAUCAUUCCCAUAGACCCAGGGAGCUCUUUUCUUUUUGGAUUCUUGAGCAUUGUAUAGGUUGUCAUGACAGGCAUGAUGGGGAACGCAUGGCAGAGAGGGGAGAAAGAGAAUGAAGAACAGGCCAGGAAGGUUGAGGCUUGGCCCAGAGUAUCCUGUUUCCUCUGGGGUUGAUAGUGACUUCUGUACCACAGAGAAGUAUGACCUCCAAACAGAGACCCCCAUCUGCGUACUUCUGUAACUGGCAGGGCAGAAUGUUAAAUCCCCAUGAGAAAAACUACUUAGAUCUGAGAAAAGGAUUAGGGGAUCUGGAUUUGUGGAAUUAACACUCUCCUCUUUUCUCUUCCAAAUUAAAAGCUAAACCAUAAUCCAAAUCCAUGUCUCCCAUUGUGUUCAGCCCAGGACUGUAACAUGGUAAUGUUUCUUUUCUAAAAAAUUUAGAUUUCUCUAAUUUUAAGCUAAAGUUUUAAAAAAUGUAUUGUGUUAACACAGAUUAUACAUCCCAGGAUAGUGUGUAGAAUUGUGUUAAUUCCUUCCUUUGAGAAAGACAGAUAAAAUGUUUUUUUAAACCUAGUAAAGAGUCCCAGAUUCAAGGCUAGCUUGAAUUUUUUUCAACAAAGCCUUCUGUCCUGUGUAUAGACCCAUAGAUCUAUAUUAAUGAUGAACUGUAUUUCCUAAAGCUCUUUUUUAAAAAGUCUUAUUACAAAAAUUCUCAAGCCCACACAAAAGUAGAGAGAAUAAUAUGGUGAAGCACCAUAAUCCUCUGCCCUAGAUUUAGUAAUUAUAACUUCGUUGCAUUUGCUUCACCUAUCUUUAUUUUCUCUUCCACGGAACUAUUUUAAAGCCAGUCUCAGAUGUUAUGUCAUUUCAUCUCUUCAAACCUUAAUGUGCAGCUAAUAGCCUUUUAAACUUAGUUACAUUUACUGAUUGAGAUAAUCUCAAGUUUUUGUUAGCAGAAACUGCUAAUAGAAGUCAGGAUAAUUGGAAAAUUCUGCAGUAAGUAUCUGGAUCCCUGUAUUGACCUCUCAGAAUAGGAGUGUAAUGAAUGGAGAAAGUGUCUGUCUAUGCUUGAGAGCCCCUGAAUCUUUAUGUUCUGAAUCUUGUUCAGUUAAGAGACAUGACAUUCAAAAGCUAGAUAGCACUUGGAGAGAUUUUCUAGGCUUAAUCCCUGUUUAUCCCUAGUUGCCUGCCUUGUCUUUAAAAAAUUUAGAGACAGAGUUUUUUCAUUGCCUCUUUUCAAUAAUGUGCUUGAAUGUUUUAACACAGGGGAAAAUGAUUUAAUGGUUUUUGCCAUUUAAUGAACAAGGUGAAUAUGACAAUGAAUGUAUUAUUUACAAAACUAAAAAGCAAUAUGGAUCUUUGCCUUUUUUUUUUUUUUGAAAGACUUGAUAAUUUAGAAUAUCUAAAAUCCUGUGUUAGACUUAUGCUGAAUGACUUUGCCUUUUUAAAUUUCUUUUAUGAGAUUGACUCCUUUGGCCUGUUAUUUGGCAUGGUCAGAGAACUCUUUGUGUGCUAGUGUGCGUGUCCUGGCUCACACAUUAGGAUGACAAGAUAUGAACUCAUUCAGAUCACGUUACAAUUAAUUUUAGAUUUAUUUUCUGUGCUGUCAUCUCUUUGAAUUUUCUAAUUAAAUUUCUUUUACUUUUUACUCUGAUAUGGUUAACCUUAGUUGCUUUGAAUUUAGCUUAUUUAACACAACUGAGGACAUUAUAAAAUUAAAAAUGGGUUGUUUAGAAAAGUCUUCCUUAGAAAACCUAUGGAUGAAUAUGUGAUAUGCUAACACUAACCCAGAAAGGACAAAGAAAAUGUAACUAAGUUUGACACCUGUGGAUGAUCAUCCCAAAUUAGUUUCAUCAUCACACCCAAAAAAUACGUCGGAAUAAGGAAUAAAUUUAUCCACAGGAAGGAACUAUAUUAA